CACUACUCAAAAUGAGACUCUUCUAGGCCCUGCCUCCCGCGCCAAGCUGUCUCGGCCUCUCCCCUCUUCAGUCUUCACUUCCGGCGGCAGUAGCAGACUCCGUGAAGAAGAAAUUCCUUUUCUGCCCUUCUUUUUUUCUUUCCCAUUUUAACCUCGGGAUAUUGAAAUGGAUCCCGAAACUGCCCUUGGGCUUGCACAGCAGGGCUCCACUCUUCUCCUUCUCGACGUUCCCCAAUUUACCCUUGUCGGCAUUGAUACUCAGAUGUUUUCUGUAGGUCCUGCUUUUAAGGGUAUAAAGAUGAUCCCUCCUGGUCUGCAUUUCGUGUAUUAUAGUUCCUCGAACAGAGAUGGCAGUGAAUUCUCACCUAUAAUUGGUUUCUUCGUUGUUACUUCCCCUUCAGAGGUUAUUGUUCGUAAAUGGCAUCAACAAGAGGAACGGUUGGUCAAACUUUCAGAAGAAGAGGAAGGAAGGUAUUGUGAAGCAGUAAAAAAUUUGGAGUUCGAUCGCCAACUUGGGCCAUAUUCUUUGAACCAAUUUGGAGAGUGGAAGCAGAUUUCAAACUACAUCACAAAAAAUACUGUUGAACGGAUUGAACCUAUUGGAGGGGAAAUUACUGUAGCUUGUGAAACUGCAUUGGACGACACAGUUCCUAACACUGCUAUGGAGAAACAUUUAAUGGAGCAGUUACAAAAUAGUAAGUUCUCAAGGUCUGCUGAAAAAUCCCAAAGAAGAGGAUGUUACUACACAUCGAUUCCACAUGUUGUCAAGCAUAAGGGCAUCUCAGGGGAAGAGCUUACCUCUUUGAACCUUGACAAAACACAACUAUUAGAAAUCAUCCUGAUGAAAGAUUUUGGAGGUGAAGAAGAUCUGCUUCUAGGGGAGCUGCAAUUUGCCUAUAUUGCAUUUCUGAUGGGGCAAUCGCUUGAGGCAUUUCUUCAGUGGAAAGCUCUAGUUAGCCUUCUAUUCAGCUGUACAGAAGCACCUCUCCAUACAAGGAGUCAACUAUUCACAAAGUUUGUGAAGGUGAUAUACUACCAGCUAAAGCAUGGGUUUCAUAAGGACCAUGCAAACACAGUUGGUUUUGAGAAGGGCGCAUCAGUGUUACUGGAUGAUUCAUGGUUCUCUAAGGACAUCUUUUUGCAUCGUCUGUGCAAGGAGUUCUUUUCAUUGGUCCUAGAAGCCCAUGUCGUGGACGGUGAUCUUUUGUCCUGGACAAGGAAGCUGAAAGGACUGCUCGAGACAACUCUUGGGUGGGAUUUCCAGAAUGAUGCUGCAGAUGGCAUCUAUGGAGAAGAUGAUGAGUAUUCUCCUGUUGUUGAAAUGUUGGAUCAGACGACCUAUGGUGAAGGCCCAUCCACCUAGCUUUUCAAGGAAAGUGAGAAAGAUGCAUACGACCAGCCAGGUAGAGCAAAUGCAACCUCCCCAAAUACUGGAUUUGUUGGUUUGUCCCAGCUCAUAUGUGGUGAUGAUUCAUUGCUUGUGUCAAAUCACCUAGCCAACAGAUGGGAAAUGGGUCACAACAACCACAGGCUCAGACUCUAAUCUAGACCAUACAAUGGGAUAUCUAUGUGAUUUUAAAUAACUUGUUGAUAGUUUCAAAAUAACAAAAGAGUGGACAGUUUACUUCAGUGAUGUGAUAACUAUAUAGAAUAUUCAAGGUUGGCAUA